UCUGCAUCCAGGUGUUCAAAAUCCACACCUCUGCCUCUUCGUUUUAUUCACCGUCCUUCUCCUUCAUCCUUUCAUUUAUCUGAAAAAAAAAGAAAACAUAACAGCUCAUGGCUUGCAAGAGGACUUCAUGGUUGUUCAUGGUGUGCAUGUUAAGUGCAUGGAUGGCUGUUCAUGGUGCAGUGCCAGUUGGUGCACCAGUGGCCAUGGAUUGCAGUAAUGCCCUGAUGAAUCUUGCAGAUUGUCUGACAUUUGUGGAGGCUGGAAGUAAUGUGAGGAAACCAGAAGGGAACUGUUGUGCUGGGCUGAAGAAGGUGGCGAAAGGGCAGGUUGGUUGUCUUUGUGAGGCUUUCAAAAGUGGUGCUGAUUUUGGGGUCAAAAUCAACAUGACAAAGGCUCUUUCUCUCCCACAUGUUUGUGGGGUUAACAUUCCUUCAAUCUCUAUCUGUAAAAUUGCUGGAGGACCUGCCUUUGCCCCUGCUCCAUCUCCAGGAGGAUUUCCAGGAAAGCAAGUUUCAGAAGUCCCAGCUCAAGCUCCAGCUCCAGAAACACAUUCAAGUUCAAGCGUGAUUCAUCUUCCAGUCAAAUACAUGGUUGUUCGUGCCAUUGCAUUGCUGUUUUUCUUUGUUUGAAUUACUGUUAUCAGAACCAAAACUAUGAUUUGAGUGUUUGGACUUUGAAACAGCAAUGAAGCUACUAUGUUUUAUUUUAAAUACAAGAAGAGUUUGUCUUUCUUUCCA